AUGGCAUCUUCUUUAUACGAGGUAGGACAACAAUCCCAGCUUUAAUGCUCCUUUUUUUUAGUUUUAUUUAUAUGUUACUCUUCAAGGUAAAAGGCAAUUUAGAGAAAAGGUAUGAUUGCCGAAAAACAAUGUCAGCGUUUUUGAUAUUAAGUUUAAAAAUAUGUUCUACAUAUUGAGACUUUUAAAAACAUCAAAACAUUCACUUCGCAAAAAAAUUCUCAUUUAAGUUUUCUUCAUGAAGGAUUUUCCUUGACGUUCAUUUUUCAUUCAACGGAUAUGGCCGCGUUGUCCACUACUCAAAAGUAGCGGUCUUGUCCUCUUGAUCUCUUCAUGCCCCCGUCAAACAAUGGGAAAAUUACCUUUCAUCACAAGUCAAUUCAUUAAUAUUUCUCGCGCUUGCCUUGCCUUUACCUUCACGCUCGUUGUGCUCCUUAAUUGACAUGGUUACCUUGAAGACUUAACAUUUUUUUCUUUGCAGAAUAUUGAAGAUUGGGAGCUGGAGAGGCUAUCAGGAGAAUUCGAGGACCACUAUAACGGGUUCAGUGACAAAAUAGAUCCUAAAGAACAUUCAUUUGAAGUAACAAAUGAGAAUGGUGAAGAUUUUGGAAACAGAAAUCACUGCAAUGGUACAAACGGAAUUCACCAAGAGGCCAACGAUAGCGCGGUAAAUGAAGAGACCAAUGAUUCUAAUGAUGAACACGAAGCAAACGAAGAAGGCAAUGAAGGCGAAGAAGGAAAUAUAUCUGCACCAUAUUACGGAAGAACUCUUGUGGCUCCUGAAUAUAUGAGCUUCCAAAUUCAAGACCCUGCUGCUGCACCACACAAGGAAGAUAACGGGGUGGGGGUUAUCGGUGAAGAGGACUGCACGGUCGCCGGUGGUACAGAAAAUUUGGGAGGUGAAGAAGAGGAAACGUCUCAUUCUUUUGAUCAGUUUACUGUUGAAGAAGGCGAGGGCGACUCUUGUGAAGGAGGAGAUGGAGAGUGCGGGACAAGUGAAGAAGUCAAUCUAAGGGACGAGGACCACGUAGAGGAUUCACCACGGGCGGCUCGGUUAGAAGGAGAUGAUGGAAAAGGAAAUAAAGAUGAUUACAAAGAAAUUGCAGAUUUGGAAGGAAAAAAUGAACAGGAGAGAGAUGAAAAUGAGCUACACUGUAAAGAGGGGACACUGAGCGAGAAUGACGAGGUAGAAAACGUUCAUGAAGACGAAGGAGAUGAACAAGAUGGUGACGAAGAUGGUGAACAGGGAGGACAUGAAAAAGAAAACGAUGAAGACAAUAAAGGCAGAACAGAUUUGGCUCCAGAAAAGGAACUGAAAACCGAUGAAAAUGAGGUAUAUAUAGAGGGGCGACCGAGUAAGGAUGGAUCGUCGGUAGAAGAAUUCUGCGAAGACAACGAAGAAGAUGGUGAACAUGAAAUAAAUGAUGCACAGACAGAGGAGACUGUCGAAACCGAAGAACAAAGUGAAGACGAUUCGAUAAAACGAAAUAUUGAAGACAACGAAGUAGACGAAAAACACGACACUGACGAAAAUAAAGAACAUAGAGAAGAAGAAACCAACAACGAAGACGAAGAGAGUAGUCAAGAGGAAGAUGAAAGUGAUGAAGAAUCUGAAGACGAUCGAUUCGACCAUGAGUAUAAGAUAACAGAAGAUAAAGAUGGGGAGGAGGACAACGAAGAUAAGUCAGUCAGCGCUAAGGACAUGGCGAUGAACAGAUUGACAAAACUUGAGCAUUGUGACUCCCUGAGAGUAAAUGUGGCAUCGCCAACUCGAGAUAUAACCAAUGUAAGUUCUACUGAAUCGCUGAAUGAAACUGAUGCUGGACACGCUGGAGGUGAUGAUCCCGACGAACAAGCGGAGAAACUGACUGAGGAGCCAGAAAAAGAACAAGAGGCAACGGUAAUGACUUCAAGAGCUGAUAAUUAUUGAUGUAGCGUAGGCUCUUUUCUUGAAUUUAUUACCUCUGACCCAAACCACAAAGAGUAAAAAUUGAAAUCAAGCUUAGCAAACAAAAAGUCUAGUUGAAAAUAACGCGAAUUUACUUUUCUAAACAAUUGCAAAAAGAUAAGUUGUAUCCAGGCCGGUUCUGUCUUCAGUGUAUCAAUUGCGACGUAAAUUGAUACAAACGUGGAAUAAGAGACGUGGAAUAAUUGAUAUACAGUGACAAGAGCCAUAAUAUGGCUUGACAGUGAUCACUUUCUGACGCAAUGGUCUUGGAACGGACUUAAUUCGUGCUAUGUAUCAGACAAUCUUCAGUUAACAGUCCACCAACAAAUCACCUAUUUCCCUUAAAUUUCAAGUCAUUGAAGUCGUUUACAGUUGCCAACAGUUACUUCUGUCUUUAGUCCGCUUACGAACAAGACUUCCGGUUGGGAUCAAACGAUAAAAUACUUUAGUCUAAAGUCGUAAGUAAUGGCUAUUCCCUGCCGCCUUUCCAGAAAAAGUAUUUAAGCAAGACAGUAAUGUUCCUUUAUAGAUCAAUGAACCUCUCGAAGUAAAUGACGAGCAGCAAUAUGACGAUGACGGCGAGGAAAUUGCAAGCGAGGAGGACAGCGGCAGCAGCGAUGACUCAGUGGAAAAUGUAAAUGAGCCCGCCCAGGAUGUAAGAAAGGAAGAAGAUAAUGGAGACGACAACGAAGAAGACCUGAAUCCAGACCUUGAGGAAGAAGUGGCAAAGAAUGAAGGAAAAGCUGAAGAAGAGGAAGCUUUCCCAGGUAAGGAAAACAAUGGUUCGAUCGAAGCCGUUUUAAUUGGUAGAGAUAAAUGGCAAAAGGAAUUAAAGAUGAAAUUGAAGAUGCGAAUUCAGACUGCAAGAAGAUACUUCCACCGAAAACGAAAAGCUGUUGGUGAUUGUUUUAAACUAAAUUGUACACUUUGGUCAAUUUCUUUUCAAACGUUAGCAUUCGAUUCACAUAUCCAGAACGUAAAGAAUGGCGAUUGGUCCAUCAAAAAUCUAGACAGGAUCACGAAAACGAAUAGUUGCGGUACCAGCGAUUUUGCACAAAAUGGUAUCCGAUGUUUAAGCGAAGCAAACUUUUGCAGAUCUCCAUACUGUCACUAUUGACACAUACUAAAAUUGUGACUUUAUCACAUGAUAUAUGAUCCAAUAAUUCUUCUCCUAUCUUUUCUUAAUUCCUUGACUUGCCCAUCAAGUGCACCGAAAGCCCCAAGGGCGUGAAGACGAGGCAGACCUUACUGGAAAGGUGAAGGAACUGGGUAGGAUCUUUGAGGGAGGCGGCCCUGUUUAUUCUAAAGGCGUCAAGAAAGAUUUGGACGCAGGUAUAGUAAUUGACGAAUAAAUUUAAAGUUAUUAAGGUAGAUAUUAAUUAGCAAGAGAGGAGCUUUAUCCUCUCGUGAUAUGAGUAAUAAGUCCACACCGUAAUUUUUAGGGAGUUAUUAUAACUCCAAAAAUGGAGUAAAAAUUUUAGGUACAGGAUAACCCCUUUUUUGGGGUUAUUUUAACUCCUAAUUUAACUCCGAAUUUGGGGUCAUUUUUACUCCUGAAAAAGAGUUCUUUUUACUCCCAGUCUUGGAGUUAAAAUUACUCCGAAAUGGGGUUACUUGUACUCCUUACAGGGUUUUUUACUCUUUUGGAGUUAAUUUAACUCUGAAAGUGAGUAAAAAUUUUAGGUACAGGAUAACUCCUUUUUUGGGGUUAUUUUAACUCCUCAAUAUCUGGGGUCACUUUUACUCCUGAAAAAGAGUUCUUUAAACUCCUUUUUGGAGUUAAAAUAACUCCACGAAAAAUAACUCCACUGUAAGGAGUUAAAUUAGCCCCACUAGAGGAGUUAUUAUAACUCCCUGAAAAUUACAGUGCAACAAACAAACAAAAAAAACCUUUUAUUUAUACAUAUUAAACCUAAAUACAGUUGGCCUGCAAAUUAGCAAAGAAACGCUAUUCGAGGCAGGGAAAAGUAAUUUAUUGAAAAAAAAUGAAAAUGAGUCAAUAUAUUAAUACAGAAGCUGAUCUGUUCUGAGCUUGUUCUGGGUGUCUACGGAGUCGGCUACGUUCUGGAAAGUAAACAUUACGUUGAAACCAAGUUCUGGGUGAUCCACUACUCUUUGAUAUCGUUUGCUUUAAAAAUUCAGAUCGUUCCUGUAGCCAGUGAGUUUAGGGACGCGAGGUUUUAAAGAUUGAAGUGCUUUCUCAGGCCAAAAACUUUUCCCAGUAUAAUAUAUGUGAGAAUACAAUUAUCAAAAUAGUAUUUCCUUUUCUGGACGGUGACUUUACAUUGAACUUAAAUUAACCCAUCCAAUUGCAAUUUAAUUACCAGAAAAAUGUUUUUGUUUGUCUUAGACACCCAUUUUUCUCUAAAUCUCUCCUGUCGUUUUGCGAAACGUACUGAAAUAUUUCUGCUCCCGUUGUAUAAUUGUACAGUGGCCCAUGCAUAAUAGUGUUUCUUUCCCACAUAUGGUUUAUAAGAAUAAUUGAGUUCAAAGCUUGAAAGACGAGGUAACCUAUCGUAAGUGAUUUUUAGCAUUUCCCAAGAAACACUUAACGAACUAUCAGUAAUUCAAACUUCAAAAAUUCAUCGAUCCAUUGUUUUGUUCAAUUAAUAACUGCAUGCGUAGGUUAUCAGUUUCCAUGUUCACUCAUUGUUUUCUCUUUUGAAGCUGAUGGUUCCCCUGUGAGUGUACGCAAGUUCAAGGCAAUAUUUGAAACACAUCAAUAUUCCGCGGCGGAGAGGAAUCAAGAGCCAGGUACUUAGUACAUCACUUUACGUUUUGAUAAAGUAAUGUCAGUCUUGCUUAGAGGUUUACUUCACGUGUUAUGGUUGGGCUAGACGUGCUUGGACAUAUUGAUUUUUCCACUUUAUUUUUAGGACGAAAAGAAGAAUCAUCCAGUCCUCCACGUGGCAUUGUCAAAAAUUUACGAGGACUUUUUGAGAACCCUCAGAGUUUUGAGACAAGAAAUGGAUGAAAUAAACGAGGUAACAUAUAACACAGAAAAAUAUAGAAAAACUGUAACGGGAAUAAUUCCCGCGUAAUGCCUCUUUCGAUCUCAGGUUCACGUAGCCUUUAGUUGAAGACAACGAAACAGAAAGGUAAACAAACAAAGGUAAUAACGGGGCGAUUUCGUCAUCAAGGUCAUCAGCUGACCAAGGAAGUGAUUCAACCAUGAAGAGGGUACAGGACAAAGUAGUACGUGGGAAAAAUAGAAAUAACAUUUAGUUACAGGACAAUAUCAUAGUUUUGCCAAUCGCGUUUACCAAAAGUCAAAACCAGCUGGCCAAAUCUGAUCGCUUUGCAAAAAAAAGCUUUUUUGGCGAGUUUUCUCUUAAAACACUGCCUUGCGUACUAUUUAGGAAUAGACUAAUCUCGCUGAGCUUUCUUGCUUAAAUUAUAUUUACGACUAGCACUGGUCUGAUCGGCCAGUUCCCACCAACAGUAAGCGCCCUGACUACGAUCGAUCGAUUGCUUCGCGAGGAUAUGUUUAAUGUAUGGACAUAAUUCAAUUUAUCCUGUCGUUUAUUAUCUUUUAUUAUUUUUAUUAUUUUUUCAGCUAACCCUCCCUUGUAAAACAACGAAGGUUGUGAAAAAGGACCCACAUUAUGCGGCGUCACUCCAGAGACAUAGUUAAAAUGGUCACAGAUUUAAAACGACUGUGCUAUACUGUAACUUUUAAAGCCUGUUUAAAAUACAUUGUUACCCGUUAUCAACAAAAGGGUCUUGCCCUUAUAUAAAAUGACGACCCUAUCUAUAGUAUCGUCAAGAACACGUCUCGGCUUAAGUUUGGGAUCAAAUUCCUUAAAAAAUGAGCAGGUAUAGAAACCGAGUCGGUUUACACUUAUCAAACUAUAGAAUGCUUUGCAGUUGACAAAUUUGCCAAAAAAAUACUGUCAAACCUUUGUACAACGGUCACCCUUGGGAAAUGGCAAGGAGACCAUUAUAUACAGGGUCACCACUACUAUACCGGUCAAUAUUGCAGAAUAUAAGGCAACCGAAAAUUUAGGGAAGUUGUCCGGUGACUGUAAUAUACAGGGUGACCGCUAUAUACAGGUUUAACUGUAGAUAUACCUGAUUCAAUAAAGGUUGCUUUGGGCAUUGGAUAAUUGCGCUCUGCAAACUAUUGUUUGGCGGUCACUCAAGCGAAUCAUUGCAGUUAGUUCCGUAUGCCCAAUUGCCAAUGACCAAUUGCCAAAGCAACAUUUAUUGAUUUAGGGUAUAUAACAAACGCUUGUUCGCCUUCGGCUUUAGAAAUUAAAGCAACAUGUUUUGGAAAACAAGUUACUAAGGUUAAGGUUAAGAGCGCCCACCACCACUUCUCCCAGCCAUGCCAUGAUGCUUUUGAUGGACGGUUACCAUCAAAUAGGGCCAUCACCGGUGGCAACGUGUCAAUGCUAAUAAUGUUCAGGUUAGCCUACAAGCAAGCACAUUUGACGAUCUGUGAAAUCCUUCAAGGUGGGCGUUCUUGGAACGAUCUGAAAUUAGUUGUAGCUUCUUUGGGCGGAAGGUCCGUAGCAUUGAAUUACUGUUAAGAUUUUAUUAAAAUUCGAUACGUCAAGUUUAUUAUCGAAAUACGUCAUAUGCUGUGUUUAUCACU